UGCAUAUAUGCACCUGUUUUAAUGCUGCUCUGCUACAUUUGCGGACUGCACUUCUGAGCAGAGAUGAGGACCGUUUUAUUAGCCUUGCUGAUUGUGGCAGCUGUGUGGAGCGCAGAGGCGGAGGACGAUAAGAUCAUCGGCGGUUACGAAUGCCCCCGGCACUCCCAGCCGUGGCAGGUGUACCUCACCUACGACGACGGGGUUCGCUGGUGCGGCGCCUCCCUCAUCAACGAGUGGUGGGCAGUGUCUGCAGCCCACUGCUACAUUCCACCUCCUCGAUUGGCGAUCCAUCUUGGGGAGCAUGACAUAUACAGCGAGGAGGGGACGGAACAGAGGAUCUGGGCCGACAAGGUCAUUCCUCACCCUGGCUACAGCAUGAGUAACCAAGACAAUGACUUCAUGCUCAUCAAACUGAAACGGCCUGCCACCUUCAAUCAUUAUGUGCAGCCUGUUCCCCUAGCAACUAGCUGUGCCCAGGCUGGUGACUACUGCCUUGUGUCUGGCUGGGGAAACAUGAUCAACACCGGAGUUAACUAUGCAUCAGUGUUGCAGUGCCUGGACCUGCCUAUCCUAUCUGACUCACAGUGUAGAAACGCCUACAGCGGCCUGAUUACUGAUAACAUGUUCUGCGCUGGAUACCUAGAAGGAGGCAAAGACUCUUGCCAGGGUGACUCUGGGGGACCUGUAGUGUGUAACGGUGAGCUGCAGGGUGUUGUGUCCUGGGGAUUCGGCUGUGCAGAGAGUGGCUACCCUGGGGUUUAUGCCAAAGUCUGCCGUUAUAAUGACUGGGUCAACAAAAUCAUGGCAAGCAACUGAGACUGGAAGACGAGACUCAUUCCCAUACAUUGAAAUUAGCAAGAGGACAAUCUUGGACAAACAAGCUGUCACAUAUUUAAUAAAUGUCUGAAAUGACA